GGUACAAUUCGGAGUGAACAGUAAAGCAAGUUCUGUCGUGAGGGGUGAUCGCUUUGCUGCUUCACUGGUGAUAACAGUUAAACGUGAUGAGCACUAAACUUCUAUCGCUGCUGAUCGUUACAGCCUUUGCACCCCAGUUUAUCCUCGGUUUCGGAACGUACCAAUUUGACAAGAAACUUUUGACAUAUGAAGUAUCGUCAAUCGAUACAUCGGAUCGAAUUGUAAACUAUGACGAAAUCGGAAAAGCUGUAAAGGAUAAAUGUGUCAAAGCUAGCGACACAGGAGCUCCCUACGAGCAGGUUAAACAAAGUACCCGGGAUCUCUCCAAUUGCUGGAAAGAACUAGUCGAUGUGUAUGAUUUCGUCCGAGAAGUCGAAGAGGCUAAACCGACUGGUAAUUUUCACACCGUAUUCAACAAGUACUGCCGCAAACAAAACACCCUGCUAGAGUGCAUAAACACCUUUACGAACACGCUCGAUCCCUAUUUGGAUAAUGAAGAGAAACGACACAAAGGACAGAUAGUGGAUUUGUUCAGACAUUUGCUGAACUUUAACUGUGAUAAUGAUGGUGACCAAAUGACGCUAUUCAUCACUGGGAAGGGGCCGGAAUGUUUCAAAGAGCAAAAAGACGACUUGAUCCAGUGCGUGAACGGGACCUUCACCAGGCAUUCUCUGGACGAUAAUAUGACAACUACAACGGUUCCGUUGGUCAUUGGUCCAAAUCAGUACGAAACCCUUCACACAUUGCAGGCCUAUUUAGUAAGGGAACUGAAGCAGUGCCAGGAGUCAACCCCAGCUACUUUUGGGAAUGUUUUACACAUCCAUGAUGAAGGGUUCACCAUGUGAUCCGAAGAUAAAGCACAGUCGCAGAUAAACUUCAUCAGGUACCAAGAACACGUUUUUCAAUCUCAGAGAGAGGCGGUCAUCCACGGCAAAAGAAAGUCGGAGCCGAUUUACCAUAGUUCUUUGAAAUACUUUGUAAUACAUUUUUACUCUAUUAUCGUGUUAAUGUUUUAUUGUAGUCGAUAUCAGUUAAUUCAUAUGCUGUACUGAUUAAAAUAAUCAUACCACGUUUCUACACGCACUCAUCCGCGUACGCCGAAUCACGCCGGCUUAGCUAGUUACGCGCUUACCCACAGGCCAACUUCCUUUCAUCGAUUCGAUUACAUUGUACAACGAACAUUCAGCAUAGCAAUACCUACUAAACGGUGCGCUUUCUCAUGUAGUAAUAACAAAAUUAUACGAAAGAAUACUUUAAAUCAUCAUUCGAAUCUCGUCCGUUUUUUACUGCGCGGUUUUCCAGACACAAUCACACUAGUGAAACUGAAACGUUAUUUUAACUGAAACAAUGGCAAAUAAAACACGGCUUCGAAAUGUUUUGCGUUAGGUCAAAUGUUGAAGUUUUUUUUCACUUUAUGUUCUCAACAGACAGCUGUUAUUGUUGUUCGGUUUGGUAAAUGUGGGUAAUUACUAGUGAUAAUUAGCAGUGGUAAUUUCUUUUUUUGAUAUUCUAAACGUCAAUUGGGAUAAAUGGUUGUAAAGUUGCUUGUUUG